CGACGUCAACCUUCUUCCAAUUUGGAGCGUCCAUCCAGCAACAAGCCACGGUCAUGCUGAAGAUCAUGCAGGAUUACGACUGGCAUGUCUUCUCCUUGGUGACCACCAUCUUCCCUGGCUACAGGGACUUUAUCAGCUUCAUCAAGACCACAGUGGACAACAGCUUUGUGGGCUGGGACAUGCAGAACGUGAUCACCCUGGACACUUCCUUCGAGGACGCAAAGACGCAAGUCCAGUUGAAGAAGAUCCACUCUUCUGUCAUCCUGCUCUACUGUUCCAAAGAUGAGGCCGUUCUCAUCCUGAGUGAGGCCCGCUCCCUGGGCCUCACUGGAUAUGAUUUCUUCUGGAUCGUCCCCAGCUUGGUUUCUGGGAACACGGAGCUCAUCCCCAAAGAGUUUCCAUCAGGACUCAUUUCAGUCUCCUAUGACGACUGGGACUACAGCCUGGAGGCGCGAGUGAGGGACGGCCUGGGCAUCCUAACCACUGCUGCGUAUUCCAUGUUGGAGAGGUUCUCCUAUAUCCCUGAGGCCAAGGCCAGCUGCUACGGGCAGACGGAGAAGCCGGAGGCCCCACCACACACCCUGCACCAAUUUAUGGUUAACGUGACAUGGGAUGGCAAAGACUUGUCCUUCACUGAGGAAGGCUAUCAGGUGCACCCCAGGCUGGUGGUGAUUGUGCUGAACAAGGACAGAGAAUGGGAAAAGGUGGGCAAGUGGGAGAACCAGAGCCUGAGCCUCAGGCAUGCCGUGUGGCCGAGGUACAAGUCCUUCUCAGACUGCGAGCCGGACGACAAUCAUCUGAGCAUCGUCACCCUGGAGGAGGCCCCCUUUGUCAUCGUGGAAGACAUCGACCCGCUGACCGAGACGUGCGUGAGGAACACUGUGCCGUGUCGGAAGUUCGUCAAGAUCAACAAUUCAACUAACGAGGGGAUGAAUGUUAAAAAGUGCUGCAAGGGGGUUCUGCAUCGAUAUCCUGAAGAAGCUCUCCCGUACCGUGAAGUUCACCUAUGACCUCUACCUGGUGACCAACGGGAAGCACGGCAAGAAAGUUAACAACGUGUGGAACGGAAUGAGCGGUGAGGUGGUCUAUCAACGGGCGGUCAUGGCGGUCGGCUCGCUCACCAUCAAUGAGGAGCGUUCUGAGGUGGUGGACUUCUCUGUGCCCUUCGUGGAGACGGGGAUCAGCGUCAUGGUUUCAAGAAGCACGGCACGGUCUCACCUUCUGCUU